AUGCACAACGUUCUUGACUUCGUCCAAAUGAAGUUUCAAAAAUUCUCUCCAGAGCAAGGUUUAAGACAAGGAGACCCGCUCUCCCCAUCUUUGUUCAUACUUGCAGCGGAAACCUUAUCAAGGCUGCUACUCUCAAAAGAGGAGGCUGGGUUGCUAAAAGGGUUCAAACUUACGAGAAGAGGUUCGGCCAUCACUCAUCUCAUGUUCGCGGACGACAUUAUCCUUUUCGGACAAGCCUCCAUAAAAGAAGCUAAAUCAUUUAGCGACUGCCUAAGCUCUUACUGCGAUUGGUCAGGACAAGCAGUAAAUGGUCUCAAGUCGUCCAUUUUCUUCUCCAAAGGUGUUAGCCCAAGAAAAGCUCAAGCUAUUUCCCAACUGUUGGGCAUGAAAAGAAUGAACAACAAAGCUACAUAUCUCGGCCUACCCCUCUUCCGAUCAAUCAAAAAAACUGAGGAUACGAACCACUUAGUGGAAAGGGUCCUCAAAUGUGUUCAAGGAUGGAAGGCGAAGCUUCUUUCUAGCACUGGUAAGACAUGCUUAAUCAAAUCCGUAGGUUCAACGUUAGCAAAUUACGUGACUUCCUCGGACGUUAUCCCUGUGUCAAUGGCCAACAAAAUUGAUAGAGUCCUUAGGGACUUUUGGUGGGGAGAUACGGAUGAUAAGCGAACGCUACACACGGUAUCUUGGACAAAACUAUGCACACCUAAAGUGGCUGGAGGUCUUGGAUUCCGAUCAACCAUUGCUACGAACAAAGCGUUUCUACAGAAAUGGGCAUGGAAAAUUCUUAUGGAUGAAAACAGUCUGUGGGGGAAACUAAUGAAGGAAAGAUACUUACAGAACCAGAGUUUUUUGGACUUGGAAAUCAAAAGCCAAGAUUCAGAUGAUGUGGAAGGCAAUUCUCAGGGAGAGAUCAUCACUCACAAAAGGCCUCUGUAA